AUGAAAGUGCCGACUCAAUUUGAAGAUUCAGUAUACAUUUGAGGCACUAUGAACGAAAAUGGCGAUAGGAAUACUUUUAACUCGAAAACUUCCUAGCAGUCCAGCUUUAUGUGAUGCUGAUGACGAUUACAUGACGAUUUGCUUGGUUGAUUGACUCUUUUGACAGAUUACGUCAUCCGCUGAUUAGACAGCUGUUUCAAUUAGGAUUUUUUGUAAUAAUCGAAAGCUAGAAACGUAAAUAGUGUAAUUGUGAUUUUAAAAUGUCUUACGCGUACUUGUUCAAAUAUAUAAUAAUUGGAGACACAGGUGUGGGCAAAUCCUGCCUGCUGCUCCAGUUUACGGACAAGCGUUUUCAACCUGUUCAUGAUCUGACGAUCGGCGUGGAAUUCGGAGCGCGCAUGAUCACCAUUGACAGCAAACAAAUCAAAUUGCAGAUCUGGGACACAGCUGGUCAAGAAGCGUUCAGGUCUAUCACGCGCUCGUACUACCGUGGCGCCGCGGGCGCGUUGCUCGUCUACGACAUCACGCGCAGGGAGACAUUCAAUCAUCUCACCACUUGGCUGGAUGAUGCCAGGCAGCAUUCCAACUCUAAUAUGGUCAUCAUGCUCAUUGGCAACAAAAGUGAUCUAGAGAGCCGUCGUGAGGUGAAAAAAGAAGAGGGAGAGGCAUUUGCGCGGGAGCAUGGCCUGGUGUUCAUGGAAACAUCUGCCAAAACGGCAGCCAAUGUGGAAGAAGCCUUCAUCAACACAGCCAAAGAAAUCUAUGAGAAGAUUCAGGAAGGCGUAUUCGAUAUAAACAACGAGGCGAACGGCAUAAAGAUAGGCCCCCAGCAUUCACCGACGAACCCAUCUUUGCCAGGAGCCGGCGGUAGCUCGGGAUCGCAAGGUUCCGGAUGCUGCUAGAGGUGCAAUUAAGGCCCCCCCACGCCAAACCAACCUUCUUACCCUGAAACACACCCCGCAAAGGGCUCCUUUCCCCACUUAUAUACCCUUAUUAUUACUAUUAUUAUUGUGUAAUGAAUGUAUGACUGGUCGGAGUAUGUACCACAUAAUGAAACUGUCAAAGUCGUCAACAAUGUCAAAGUUAGAGAACAUAGUUGCUUCAUAGGUACUAGCACUACAUAGUUGAACUGAGGAUAUGGUGUAAAUUAAAUGCGUCAAGUAGAUCGACUCGGUACUUGCCGUACUUUGCAUCAUUGGAUGAGAAUUUUAUAUGAAAUUAGUAAACUAAUAUGUACUUUCUUACUAUUAUCUUCGCCGAAAUUCAUCCGUUGUAUCUUAGAGUCUACUUUUUUAAUAAACUGAAUUCCUAAUAUAAAGGAUCUCGAUAAUGCCUGAAAUUGGUUCUAUCCCAUUAAGCAUGUCUUGAAGAUUAAAGAAUCUAAAGUGAAUGUAGUUCAGCACUUUUAAGAUUAUUAAUAUUCCUAGAUAGAUAAGAAAAUUUAGAUACCUUGGCACAAAUUGGCGACGUAUUUUGACACAGUUUUGUCGUGUGAUGAUAGUAUACGUCAGUGUUGAAGUGAUAUCCCCACAAAAUAGUAUAUUAUAUCCGGCAUGGACAUUUUGCAUAAAUGAUUAUUUUAAGUGAAAGUUACACGUAUUUUUAAUCUUCGGCGAUUGAUAACAUACAGGUUCGUACCAGCAUUAGUUUAAACUCAAUUCAGUUGCGGAUAAGUUUCAACAUUGGCAUGGAAUUUUGUGAUCAUAAUUAUAUACAGAAGUAGGCAAAGUUUUUUUUUUGAAUCAGGGGAAAUCCCUAUGUUUUUUUAUCAGAAACCCCGGCUUACAACAACUCUUACCCUAGAAAACCUUCAAGGAUCAUCCUGUAUGUGGGAAUAAUAUAUUCACUACAAUAGAAUUAAAAAAAAAUAGAUGAUUGGUACAAAAGUCCAAGAAGAGUUUGCUUAGUUUUGUGGUGAAUAUAUGGUACAAAAAAUAGCUUCUUAACAUACAGGCUUUGCAUUACAUUACUUGAAAGGGUAGGAUGUAACGUUCACAUUCGUGAACAAUAAUUAUUCUGUUAUGUGUGAACUGAUCGUCAACACGAAGAGAAAUUAGCAGGUGAAAAAUAAUAGAUCAAUAUUAAUAUAAUAUAUAAUAAGCUGACAGAAAAUGAUUUUAAAAAUUUAAUAGUUUUUUCUUUAUAGCAGCAGUGUAACUAUAUUCCAAUAUAUUUAAUACUACACAGCCUAUAACAUAUUCCGCUAUUACACAGCGUCAGUCAGCCACGCACCACAAUUGCGCAUGACAGCUUCUAGCGACGUGUGUCAAUUUGUCCAAAAAUUCUGGUAGUUUUAGGGAGUCGCGCUGAUGUGUAGUAUUAAGUAUGUGACUAUUGGCGGGAGACACAUCGUAAAGAUGGCGCUGCUAAAAUAAAAUAUGCCGGACUAAAGAUAGCUGGUUUGAAUCUUGUAUUUGCAGCUUCAGGCAUAACGUCGACUUAUAGUCGACUUAGAAAAACAUCUGCGGGCGCCCGUGUACUUCUUUUGGUGCUUUGCGUCCCGCAGCCUAGCAACAUUUACCGAAAUUUCAACUUUUUAUUGAAACCUGAAUAAAAGACGCUUGUAAACUUUUACACAGUUACUUUUUGCUAAAUAGUUACCCUCGCUAAUAUUACAGUUAAUUUCAGUACUGCGUUGCGUUUUGAGUGUAUCACGCGUGUUGACGACCGGAUCACAUUUGGCCGACUAUUCAAAUAGAUUUUUAUUUUUAUUUGUUAUUUUAUUUAUAGUUUUUGUAAUUUUAUUUUUUUAACUACGGCGUUGCAGGUUCGCUCGUGCGUUGCUGUCUCGUUUAGACAUCUCUACGUCAUUAUUAUGUUACGUUCCAAUAGUGUUUUGAUCUAAGUUACGUACUAUGGAAACCAAAAGUGUAUCGGAUAAUGUGUAUGUACGUUUGUCUCAGAUUUUUUAAUGUGAGCUUCAUGAGGAAAAUACAAAUUGUGUUUUAAUUGUAUCUGGUUGUGUCUUUUCUUUUGUGGCGCCCAACGAAGAUGCUCUGGUCCGAGCAGGAGGUCUCGCAACUUUACCAGUGAGUUUGAUGCUGGUCGAGUUUUUAGUUUUGGUAUUCAUAUCGGAAAUUGCCAACAAAAACCAAAGGCGAGUUAGAUGCCAAGAAAUGUCACAGCGUGUCUAGAAUGUCAGGCAGAGUUUUGUGUUUUUUAAAACACCUUCCUAAAACUAGAACAUUUUCCCAGGCACUUCGACUUUACUCUAGGAAAGCGAGCAGCAAUGGAACUACAACACCUUACAAAACGGUGAAACCACGUAGAACCAUAAAAGAUGACAGUAGCUUGGUAUGGAAGGAUCCAAACUUUGAACUCCUAGCUGCAAAUGGCUUUCCUCUUUUCUUACCUGGGGAUGUAGGGUUGGCAUGGUAUGACUCCCAGACAACCAUCAAGACCCAUCAUGAAUUAAUCAUGGAACAAAUUGAUGAUACUAGUGAUGGAAAUAGUAAAGGGAACAUGAUAUGUAGGGUUCACCCAUGCCCUACAGUAUUACGUAAAACAGUUGGAGACCUGUUCCCAUAUAGAACAUUUGAGGAAAGUUGUGAUCUCUCAGUUGUUACCAUCAGUCUAAAGCCAAACAUCAAGCUGAUGAGAAGUAACAAGGAGCUGGAAACUGAAAAACAAGCUCAAACUUUUCUCAUUGCCUCAAAGAAUAUUUGUGACAAACUGAGAAAGACUGGGUAUUGGGCAGACUUUAUAAAUCCUUUUUCUGGAAGGCCAUACUUUACACCAUCUUCUUUAAAAGAAUUGUAUGAAACUGACGAAAAAUUUAGGUGCAUGGAUUUUCAAAUAUUUGAAAUCAAAGAUUGCACUGUAGUAGCAAAUGAACAUGGGUCUUCUAAACAAUUUAUAGGUAGUAUGUUCACAACAGCUCCUUGCAACAAGAAUCAACUAAACACCAUUUUUACAUGAGAUAGCCAAAUGAGAAAUUUUCACAGUUGAACAAGGUUCAUAUUAGAGCUGUGGAUGUAUAUUUUCAAAAAAUUGUAAAUAAAAUUGUUAGAACAUA